AUGGUCAUGGAGGAUAAAGCAGAAAAGGGCGAUGUCCGCAGCCCAACCGACACCAUGGGAAUGGUCAACGUUGACGCCAGCCAGACGCCGCGAGACAAUGCCCCAGCAGCCGGAGCAAGCCCGGCAUCGCCAACCCCGGGCAGUCAAGCCCUCCUCCCGGACGCGGUCCCGGACGGAGGCUCAGCCGCCUGGCUCGUGCUUCUCGGGUCCUUCGUCGUCAUGAUCGCCACCUGGGGCCUCGUCAACACCUUCGGCGUCUACCAGACCUACUACGAGACCGACCUGCUGCACGACCACUCAUCCUCGGCCAUCAGCUGGAUCGGCUCGCUGCAGGCCGCCUUCCUGAUGGUCAUGGGCGUCGUGUCCGGGCCCUUGUACGACAGGGGCUACGUCCGGCAGCUCGUCGCCGCUGGACUCUUCCUCGUUGUCUUUGGCAUGUUCAUGACGUCGCUGUGUGCUAGCUACUGGCAGGUCGUGCUCGCGCAGGGUAUUUGUGUCGGCGUAGGUUGUGGUUUGUUGUUUUUGCCCUCGACUGCUAUCCUGAGCCAGUAUUUCGAUCGCCACCGCGCUGUGGCUAUUGGGGUUCAAAGUGUGGGCUCGCCGCUGGCCGGGAUCGUGUUCCCGAUCAUCUUUAGUCGGCUGCAGCCGGUCGUGGGCUUUGCUUGGGUUACGCGGAUUAUUGCGUUUAUUUUGCUGGGCAUGGCGCCGGUGCCGCUGCUGUUUCUAAGGACACGCGUGCCGCCCGCGAAGAAGAGGCAGGCAUUUUUGGAUGUCUCGGCUUUUGGGGAUGUGCCGUAUCUUGUUUGGGGCGCGGCUGGCUUCUUUGCGUUCUUGGGAUUGUAUGUGCCCUUCUUCUACGUCCAGCUUAACGCCAUCCGGUACAACAUCACCAGCGCCGACUUCUCAGCCUACCUAGUGACGCUCCUCAACGCCGGCAGCGUCUUCGGCCGCCUGCUGCCGAGCUUCCUCGCCGCGCGCCUGGGCGCCAUGAACAUGCUGAUCGCCACGACCUUCAGCGCCUCCAUCCUCGCCUUCGGCUGGCUCGGCGUCGACAGCCUGGCCGGCGUGGUCGUGUUCGCGCUGCUGUACGGGUUUUGUAAUGGCGGCGUUACUAGCCUGCCGCCCAGCGCUAUUGUGACGCUCACGCCCGAUAUGGGCCUCCUUGGCACGCGAAUGGGCAUGGUGUUUAUGGUAUUUGGAUUUGCGGUGCUGUUUGGGACGCCGGUUGCGGGCGCGAUAUUGAGGGAUCCAAGCGAUGAUGGGGCGUGGAGGGGCUUGAUCGCGUUUUCGGCUUCGACGCUUUGUGUGGGUGGUGUGUUGUUCUCGCUCGCCCAGUUUUUGCAUUUGAAGAGAGCGCGGAGGGCUGGCGUUUCUUGA